AUGGACUCCGAGGACGGGCAACAUUUCAUAAAGCAACUCGCUGCAUUCGUGCGCACUCACGAAAAGGCACUCGCCAACGCCCUGCAAUUCCAACGUCGUGAGGUUCGUCAUCGAUCGUCCCAGAGCACGAGCGCGGCCACAAUCUCCUCACCUGCGGCGUUACCGGAGCGGCCCUCUACAACUUCGUCGACGACGGGCUCGUUGGCUGCCGCUUUUUCUUUGGGUGCUUUGAGCUUCACCUCUCACAAUGUCAAGUCGGCCAAACUCGCGCUCACCCCACAUCAUCUCUUCUUCAUGCUAUCCCGUUUCGAGGAUCUCGGAAUCAACGUUGGACCCAUGAAAGUACGUCUGGAGAACCUUCAUGACAGCUCAUCUUCCACGAACUAUGUCUCUUUUCUCGGAAACUCGCAGCGAGCUCGUAGCCGCGGCUCCGACGUGGGCUCGGUACACUCGGUGUCGAGCAUGCGCAGCGUCAUGUCAGGCAUGUCUGCCUUAUGGAACAGCUGGGGUAUUGGCGCCAGCAUAUCGGCUGCCCGAACAGAGCGCCAAAAAGCCGCCAUCCAGGCUGACUUGAAGUACUUGUACUCGGCCUUCACCAAGAUUCCGUGCCUCCGACUCGCCCCUGACUGGCGUGCAAGACUGAUUAGCGGCUAUGAAGAGUUUCCCUUUGACUCUGCCGUUCCUCUAUACGUUUUCAAAAAUCUGCAAGCCCUCGAAGUCAACAGCAUCGAUUUCCGCCAGUUCUUCGGGUGGGAUCGAUUGGCGGACCAGUUGCGGUCCCUCAGCGUGAAGCAAGCAGGCAUAGAGGACCCGGCCGAUAUUCUAAUUGACAUCGUCUUGGACGAUAUGGACAAGAGGCGUCGGCGUACGUCCAAGUCACAGUCGUCCCCAACAACGACGUGGGCUGGUACCAACAACCCUCGACGCAGUCCUACCAUCGCACCUCCAGAGCUUGUUCGAGCUGCAUCGGCGCCCGGCUCCCCCGAGCACAGGACCCUCCUUGCCGAACUUGGGCUGGAAUCCAUGACACCAAACGAACCGGUGGUUGAAGAUAGCGAGAGCUCGGAUACGGCGAGGCUCUCGCUUUCUCGUGAAGACGCCGAAGAUGUCUCCCGCUCUCCUGCCAAGGUGCCACGUCCACGAAGCAUAUCACCUUCCCGACCGGCCAGCUCCAAAAACCACUCCUCGCACGUGAGACCGUCUCAGCAGCGCAUUCGUCGAUCUGGUUCCGGCAGCUCUCAUUCCAGCCUUUCCGACUCGUGGCAUCACCACGUAAGAGGCAGUUCUGGCAACCUUCUCGCCAUGGGGAUCCUACCAGCCUCUAAGUGGCGGUUUCUGCGUCACCUCAGCCUCGCCGACAACGCCAUUACAUCCAUCCAUCCUUCCAGCUUGGCCCCCCUUGCCAACACGCUGUACUCGCUCGACCUAUCUUCCAACCUCUUCAGUCAGAUACCCGACAGCCUUGCAACACUCACAGCGCUCCGCGCUUUGAAUCUAUCGCACUGCAUGAUAGACUCACUCCAGUCCUUGACUCGUAACCCUCUUCCCGCCAUCACGGCUCUCAACCUCCGAGCCAACAGGCUGCGUUCUCUAGCUGGAAUAGAGAAGCUGUACCCACUGGAACGGCUAGACUUGCGAGACAACCGCCUGACAGAUCCACUUGAACUUGCCAGAUUGACGGGCAUUCCUGAUAUCCGCGAAGUAUGGCUGGAAGGCAAUCCUCUGACGCGGACUCGCAAGGAUUAUCGAGUCAUCAUCUUCAACAUCUUCCGGUCGGCGCCAGGCUAUACCGAAGACGUCGUGAUUGACGGCAGUGGGCCAAGCUACUCGGAAAAGCGUCUCCUGGUUGAGAGGGCUCCGAUACCAGACUCGAUACCUGUAGUCAAGUCCAAGGUUGCAGAUGGCCCGGCUGUCGUGGACGUUGGCAAAGCCGCCAUCGUCCACAACGUUUCCAAAGAGCCCACUGUCACGCGCAAGGAGCGGCCUGUGCCAAGAGCGGUGACAAGCGAGGUGAACACGAGCUCGUCGCGACGCCGCAAAGUAUCCAAAAGACGCAUCGUUGACCUUGCCACUGGCGACGGGGCGUGCUCCUCGGUUGCAGAGCCUCGGUUUGAACGCUCGAUUGCGACGUUGGAAUCUCCAAGUGACGGCAGCUACCGCUUUCUCGGCCGAUCUGAGAUGGCUCUGUCGCCGCCGAUUGCGCCCGUCGUUUUAACGGGCAGUCUUCAUGCCCCCCCGACCCCUUUCGUCACCGGACAGCCCGCGAGCGAUCAAGGCGCGCCGAAGAUGUUGCAACAAUUUGACGCUGCAGUCUCUCUGGAAGGGCAAAAAGAAGGCCAGGACUGGGAUGCCGGCGGUGAAUUGUAUCGGCGCAAGAUCGAAGCUCUCCGUGACAGAGUCGGCAGCGGUUAUCUCAGCGUCUUGAGCGAAGAGAGCUGGGACGGAAACGCCAACCCAUUUCUGUCGUCGGGUGUCCCGUCUGUGGCCGCUCUUCGAACGGGUCACGUGUCUCACCAUGUGCCCCAAGCCCAGGCUGUUCAUAGUGGCCGGACGUUGGGCUGA